GUCCUUGUGCGCACACUUUUGCGCACGGGAGAAGCUUGGCGUGCGCGCCUCCGUGGUCCGUCGGAUGCCCAGGCGGAAGAUCCAACGGCAACGCUCCCCAAACCUUAUCUUCGCAGCAUUGUUGCUGUCCGAGGUCAGCCGCCCUCUCUCUCUCCUCGUGCUCCGAUUCGUGGGCUCGAGCUCCGGUGACUAGGAACAGCGGCAAGGAAACAAUGCUUCUUUCUCCCUUCGCACCUUUGUGAUGCACUGAACACUAGUCAGGAGCUCUAGUAAUCCUCUAAUGGCCGAAUGUUCAUUGGCAACGCUGAGAGUGAGAGGCCAGUAUCAAGGGAGAUGGACCUGGUCCAACAGCAAGUUGAAUAUGCCAAUCAUGGAUCCAAAGAGGAACUACGCCCUCAAGAUUCAUCUUCCAUGCCAAUCCAAAGCAGCAAGAGAAUGGACAAGUGUUGCAUUUACCCCUUUUGGUUUUCAUGGAAGGGAUCACAGGGUGGAAACUUCAGUUAAAUGUUACUGUUUGCAGCCACUCAUGGAUUCGGAGAGCAUGGUCUCACCAAAUCUAAUACUGAUUUCGGAUGAAGCUCUUCUCACUAUCAGCAUGGUUUUUGCAUAUUUGGCUGGAGUUGUACCCUCUGGGCAGACAUCUCCUCGUGUCAGAAAUCAGAAUGUUUCUCAACAUAUUCCAGAGCCAAGCUCCUCUCAUUCUGGUAGGGACCUAAAGUUCUUGCCUGAAAGGAAUGCUGCAUUUGACCCCAACGAUAUGUGGAGUGAAGUGAGUGCUAAACUUUCCAAAGCCUUACAAGCACAUGUUCAAGAUGCCCUUUUGGAUAGCCGAGAGGAUGGACUCAUGAGUGAUAGGAAAAACUAUCCUUUGAGUAUGCUUGCCAUUCAUGCUGGUCCCAGAUUGCGGCUUCUUCUGAUCACAUUCCAGCUUCUGGAAAUGGAGGUAAGAAAUAUCUCUGGAAGUUCUGAACUCGAUGGAAUCAGGUGGUUGCAAGUAUCGACUACCUUGAUAGAUAGUUUAAUUCAACCAGUAUUUAUGAAAUGGAUUGAAGAAGAACAGGCCUUGGAAAAUGGACAAAUCAACGAAAAACUUAUGAAGACGAUAAGCAGCAAACUAAAGGAGGGCAAUAAGAUCUUGAGGAGGUUUAACAGAUUUGGGAAAUCUGAACUCUAUUUGGAUAUGCUCUUUUUCCUAAGAUUUGGUUCUGCAAGGUGUGACAGUUAUUUUAAUGUCAAAUUUCUUGCUGAACAUGGAGAAAGAAUUUUAGAGGACCUUGUUAUUUCCUUAGCUGAUGUGAUUGCUAGUAUUUAUCUGGAGCUUAUGUCAGUGGAUGGUGAUAUGUCUGCUGAAGUUGUUGGUUCCAGCUUGGUUCUAUGUUCUCUAUCAACCAGAGAACUCCAAAAGCUGCGCAAUGAGGUGGCAAUUAAUUGGUGGUUGCACCAAUACUUCAAGUCAGUUGUUUCAAUGUAUGAGGACAGGUUCGAGUUAUAUGUUCUAUGCAGCAAAAAAUGUGAAAAAACAGCCGACAAUCAAGCUGAGAGGGCAAAUUGGUGGAGGAUUGCAUCUGGCAAGCCUAAUGUGCUUACUCUUGAUUAUGUUAACAUCAGUCCAUUUUCCCUUCCAGCAAGAAGGACAAAGGAAUUAAGAGCUUUGAUUGGAUGGAGGUAUUACUUCAGCUUAUUCUUAGAGUUGUCAGAUAUUGCCAUGCCCUUCAUAAGGGUUGCUAUCAGCAAAGUGAGCUCUGCGGUGUCCUACUUCUGGGUGUCAAUGAUUGGAAGGUCUCUUGGGCUGAUUUUCUCAGGGAUUAGACAAUCACUAGGCUGGAAAUAAGCUUAUACGGUCAUACCUGUUGAGUUUUGAGUCUGACUUCUGGGACUGAAUGAAUGUCUGUUAGGUUAUGCAUUGUAAAUCUUUGAGAUGGCUGUCAUUUUUCUCUGCUUUCUUUUUCAUCUUAGUGUGUAAGAAAGUCCAUUGAUUUCGUGGACGGAAUAUGUUAAUCUGUGGAUUACUGAAAUCCAUCCACAUCCAGUCUUUCUCAAAACAGAAUUCAUGUACACGAAAUGUCUAGAUGCAUUUUUGUUUUUUUAUUCAAGAGGGACGGAACAUCAUAUUUUUCUC